UUCUUUUUCACCUUGAACUUCUUCUUCUUCUUCUACGAUCAUACAGGUAGCAGGGAUAUUCAAAGUGUCAACAAGCAAAAGGCGCUGAGCUCCGCGUCGUUUGCCAAAUUAAGUUAAUAAAAGUCCUUAAAAUCGUACAAAGUUAGUUUUAAUCGGUAGAUUAGUGCAAAAUCUAUCGCAUUCGAGUAAAAGCGCAGUGAAUUUGGUGAAAUUUCCAGCAGGAAACGGUGCGCGUCGUUUUGCCCCUUUGCAGAGCGCCACUUUUUCCGAUCGUGUUUUGACCAUCAAACUUUAUAUUUCAAACCACGGAAAGGUGGAAAACGUCGAGAUUAAUUCUAGAACGUGUGUCAGCGAAAGUACCGUCCCGGGGUGCAUUCACAACCGCACAAUCGUCCAUAAGUGGUUUACCAGUACCAUUGACAUCAAUUUUAAAGUAGUAUAGUGUUCGAACUUCAGGAAGGGAAAACGGAAUCGAGUUUGGAGCUAAGCGGACCGCAUUUUUCCACACAACACUAUAACAAACACCAUCUCCCUCUCUCUCUCGUAAUGAAUACGAAUCAAGGAAAGGCUUCCUCCAGCGGAAAAGGAACUAUAAAAUCGACUCGGAAAGCGUCAAAAGCGACGAAAAAGGCGGCAAAGCAGCUUGCUAAAAGUAAUUACAGAAGCCAACUGGAUGAUUUUGACGAAGGGCCAAACGCCGAGAUUAUAUCGAGUCUUGGGCUGGGCGGGAUCGAUGAUUUAUUGAUAUAUGAUUCCGCGUCGGAGCUAUCCGCCGAUAACUACGAUAAGUUGGCCUCCGACUACGACUUAUUGUUGAAUGACGUGGAGUUUUUGGAGGCGAAGGAGAAGUUGUGGGAUGCCGAAAGGGAGUCUCUAAAAAAGCAAAUUAGCAUGUUGAAGUUGGAAAAUGCUACGAUACAGAAAAAGGUGACAGAACUCGAGUCUCGUUUGGAGUCGACCACUGCUAAAGGACAGUCUGGUCCUACAACACCAUCGAACAAUGUUACGGCUAUUGAGCCACAGGUUCCGGACGUUAUAGCUCCAGCACAAACGAAGGAGCCGGAAGCAUUGGAGAAGAAUUCAGCCGCACAACAGGCACCAAAGAACGAGCCACCAAAACAACAUCGGCAACAUAUUUCAAAAAAAAGUUUGAAGAGGACUCAGGACGUAAUCUAUGUAAAACCAUUGCCGGGUCAUUCGUAUGAGGACCAACUAAACGCGCUACGUAACUCAGAUAUGUGCAAAGAACCUUACAUGAUGGAAAAAACUAGGCGAGUGAAGAAUGAUGUGGUUCUUGUGGUCUGCAAGCGUACUGCCAACAGCGCUGAGCUGGAGAGAAUAGUCAGAGAGGCUAUUGGAGACAUUGGAACAGUUACGAAGACAACCCCGACGAGAAUGCUCACUUGUACAAACUUCAACCGACUGGUCACUGCGACGGAAGUGCAGCAGGCCAUUUUAGAACGCUAUAAUGUAGACGUGAAAUUGAACAAUAUUCGACUUGUAAGAACCCGGAAAAAUCUGCAACGUGCGCGGAUCAGGGUAGCGCUCCGUGAUGUGAAAAAGUUGGAAGGCAAAAAGCUGCUUAUCGGAAAGUCAACCGUCACCUUCCAGACGGAGGUACAGAAACCACCGGAAGAGGAACAAUGCUUUCGCUGUAUGGGUAUUGGCCAUCGAGCAAACCAGUGCGAGGAAGCGCAAAUGCUGUGCUAUCGCUGUGGAACGAGUGGCCACCGAGCAUCUGGUUGUAAGAAUACGCCAAAGUGCUUGACUUGUGGCGGCGGGCACCCGACUGGUUCCCGGAAAUGCCAGUCUUCACGUCCAGCGGAAGACCCAGCGACCGCCCAGGCUACUAGUGAGUAAGUGUAACCCCAUUGUAUUUCGGGAGUUUGUCCGCGGUUGCCAUCGGAAUGCAAAAGCCUCGCAACACGUUCAUUAUCGUGUUUUGGGAAGUGGGAGCAUUUUUUUGAAUAAAUAAUAAAGAAUAACAAUUGCUAUACACAUCAAAAAGACUUCUCCUU